AUGACCAACUGCAGUGAUGAUGAUGAUGAGCAGAAAGAUGACAGCUCAGGACAGCCCAGAAUGAAAUCAAAGAGGAGAAGUAAAGGAGGAAAGCAUGUGUGCUUCCCUCCGGACGAACAGCUAGUGUCCAGCUUUGCUGAGCAUGGGAAUGCUGAGAAACUGGCUGACAGCAGACUCACCUUCACAGAGGUGUCGCUGGCCUAUCAGGACAGCUGCAGCAGACAUCAGGUGCAUCCCAGGGAGCGCAUCCUGCAGCAGCUCCAGCAGGGCGUGCAUGUAGGUGGCAGCUUGGAGUGUCUGGAUCUCAAAGGUGAGCGAUUAGACCACCGCUCCUGUGAAGCUCUGGAAGUCGUCCUGAAAUCGCUGCACUUUGAUUUCAUCAAUCUGCAGGCAGCCCAACUGGAAGAAAAUGGAGCAUCGUCCUUGUUGGAUAUGAUUUUGUACUAUGAAUCUACAACACAUCUUGACAUUUCUGACAACAGCAGUAUGGGGACAUCGAGUUGGAGGGCCCUCGCUCAUUUGAUAAAGCAGAGUGUGUGUCUCUACAGACUGGAUGUCUGCAAUGUGGCCUUGGUCGACUAUCCUGUCCAGGCUCUGUCUAAAGCGCUGCGGAGCAGCCGGCUCACAGUGCUACACCUUCAGCAUGUUCAGCUCAGCGGGAUGCCGCUGUACACACUGGUUGGUGCACUAAAGACAAACCAGGUGCUGCGAGAGCUGCACCUUGCUAAUAACCUGUUGAACAGCUACCAGGAUGCCCUUCAUCUGAGAGACCUACUACGGUUCAACAAUACUCUGCAGACACUGGAGCUCAGCAACAAUGCUGUAGCAGAUGCUGGUUUGGAGGAGCUGUGUGACGGUCUGAGGUGGCAGAAAGGAGGUCUCAAGGUCUUACUGCUGAGGAAUAACCAGAUUACUGUAAAAGGCAUGGAGCAUCUGGCUAAAACUCUGCCAGUGCUGAAGGUCCUGCAGGUCCUGGAUUUGGGUGAGAAUCUGUUGGGGAACGAGGGGAUCCAGAUCAUCAGGGAACCUCUCAUGGUCAACAGCUCAGUGCUGCAGCUUGGCCUGGCCCAAGCCAGCAUCACCUGUGAAGGUGCUGUGGCGCUUGCUGAGUUCCUUGCUGAGAGUCGUCAGAUUCAGAGGCUGGACCUCCGUCACAAUGAGGUGAAAGUGGGAGGCCUGAUGGCCCUGAGUCUGGCCUUGAAAAUCAACCGUUCUCUUUGUAGUCUACAUGUGGACCACAUACCCCAACAGGAGCAGCUUAGCAACGUGCUCCACUGUCCCACUGUCACUCUGCCACACUCCACCCAGCCCCCAGCCUUACCUCCACCCAAGUCUGGUCCAGACACCAUGGAGGAUAGACACUGUCGACCAAAGGCUGUCUUUCUAUCGUCUCAGCUGAAACUGAGCAGCGGUACAGCGCGUCUUCAGCAGUGGGAAGAUCAGCGGUUUGUCCCCAGUUCCUCUGUCAACGUCAAAGUGUCCUUGAGCAAGUUGCUGAACCCCACAUUGCCCUCAUGGUUCCAUCAGAGUGACGAGUUUCUGAAGGAGACGGAGACAAGGCUUCGAUCAGACAUCGCCCAGCGGUGCCUUGCCAAUGCUGAUCACUUCAGCCUCACAGCAGAAAUGCCUGAAACUGACAAGACCAACAGAUGA